AUGACUGCUCUCUCACUCACACUUCAAUCAUUACCUCUCGUAUACGCGCUUUCCUCGACUACUUGCAAAUCACGCGCCUCUCCUCCGUGUAUCACCGCCUCUUUGUCUCUUUCGAGAAGACCGGAGCUUCUUCGACAGGAUCGCCGGCGAUCAGUUAAGGCCAUGUCUCGUGACAUCCGCAGUUCCGUUUUGCCGCAGCAGGUGGUGGAAUUGGUAGAUGAAUCUGAUUUCGAUAAGCUUCUCUCUUCGGAGAAUCGGAUCUCCAUCACUGGCUUCGGUUCUCUCCUCUCCGAGAGAAGCGCGAGGAGCACUUUCCCAGAGUUGGAGAAUUUCAGAAUCGCGAAACUGGAAGGAUUCCGGCGAGUUUUCGCCCACGCCGCUCCCAUCUUCUUCGAACGCGGGAUCGCGAAUCCUGAAACUAAGGAGAUCUCAAGCUUGAGUGUAGAGCCAUGUGAAGGAGAGAGCCUUGUAGUGAGCGUCUUUGAGAUCAAAAGAAGAGAGAUUCCAGCUUUUAUACAGAGGGAGCUUGAGUUCCGGUUUCUUGCUGUUCUUCCUCAAACAAUGCAAGGCAAACCUUUCACCAAUUCUGCGGUGCUUUGUGCUCGAUACAGUGAUGAGGAGUUUUUUCAGAUUAGAUGCAAAGGAAACAAAGAGAUUUACUUUCAACAUUAUGGAAGAUUCAACAUCGACAAGAUAUGGCGGGACGACAUCUUACCUUGUCGUCUCUAUCUAAGACACUGCGUGUUGGCUGCAAAGAAUCUGGGAGAUGAAGCUUACAAUAACUUUCUGGAUCAUACAUUCUUGGGAGAUCGAAAAACAACCAUUAGAGAGUUUUUAAGCAGCACAGGUUCUGGUAUCAUGGAAGAAGAACCACCAGAAGCUCUCAAGUCCAGAUAUGGCGGUUGA